UUUGCAACUUUUAGACGUGAUACAUUCCCAAGUAAGAUUACACGGGAAUAAAGAACAACAGCAUCCAUGGGAAAGACUUCAGAAGCCUGCAUGGUGCCUAUUAACGUAUUGGGCCGAGUUCUGAUGCUAGGGAUGUUGUUCGCGCUCGUGGCAGUCCCUUGCUUUAUCUUCUACAAAGAUGCAUAUCCAUUACAGUGUCUUCAUAUCUCGUCUCAAAACGAUAUUAGUGAUUCCCCUCCAUUAAUAUUAAACGAUGAGCAAGUGAAACUGGAGAGACUACUGAAGACAGCAGCUAUGAAGGACAAGACUGUUAUCUUAACAACAUUGAAUGAAGCAUGGGCAGCUCCAAACUCAAUAUUGGAUUUGUUUCUUGAGAGCUUUAAAAUAGGAGAAAACACCAAAAAUCUUUUGAAUCAUUUGGUGAUCAUUGCAAUGGACCAGAGAGCAUACCAGCGUUGUUUAGAAGUGCAUCCUCAUUGCUAUGCUUUGAAAGUUGAAGGAGUCGAUUUCACGGUGGAAGCAUAUUUUAUGAAAGGGAAUUACUUGAAGAUGGUGUGGAGUAAAAUUGAUAUCCAGAGAAGUGUUCUUCAAAUGGGUUACAACUUCCUUUUCAUGGAUGCUGAUAUAAUGUUGUUUCGAAAUCCAUUUACCAGGUUUUACAAGGACACCGAUUUCCAAAUAUCUUGCGAUAAUUAUCUCUUAAACAACUCUUAUGACUUGAAUAACAAUCCGAAUUCAGGCUUUAUAUAUGCUAAAUCUAACCAUAGAACAAUACAGUUCUACAAGUUUUGGUAUGACUCAAGAAUUAGUUAUCCUAAUCAGCAUGACCAAGCUGUACUUACGACAAUAAAAUCUGGACCAUUUAUAAGAGAAAUUGCAUUGACGAUUAGGUUUCUUAAUACAAAUUACUUUGGUGGGUUUUGUGAACCAAGUAAAGAUUUGAACCAAGUUUGCACAAUGCAUGCAAAUUGUUGUGUGGGUGUGGAUGCCAAAAUCCAUGACUUAGGUGUCCUGCUUGAUGAUUGGAGAAACUACAAGUCUUUAUCACCAAGUGUUCCGAGUUCAUGGAAGGGAACAUGGAAUGCACCACAAAAUUGCAGUGUAAGGGUCGACCACCAUUAUAGACCAAAAAAAGUGAUGCACGAAGAAAAGAAAGAUUAACAACAAGAGCUUCAAUUGUCACUUUGGAAGUACAAAAAUAAAACUCAUACCGAUUUCAGAAGGGUACAUACGUUAUCUCGAAUCAAAGAAGAUAAGUAUUUGAGGAGCUCUUUUUCUGCUCGGCAGGACGGAGAUUCGGUAAAAUAUUGUAGUAGUAGUUAUCUUCCCAUUUUAUUUUCAAAGUUGAUGCCUAUUUCUUAGGCUUGACCUUAAUAUUGGCGUACCGUUUGUACCAUUUUUUUUGGAUUUACCAAGAAAAAGAAAAAAGUUUGUAAAGAAUUUUUUACAUCUUGAACGAAUAAAUGUGUGCACAAGAUGAUG